CCGCUGCUGUUUCCUUACUCUGCCUGGCUCCGAGCAGGCGUGAAGCGGUGACUUUAUCUUUCUCUUGGAGUGCCACCUGUGCAUCAAGCCUGCCGUCCUAAUGAGGAGGAUAACAGGCGAACAGGGCCACGGAUCGGGGAUGGGUAAGGAUCAUUAUCAUCAGUGUCGCCCGCACUACCAGCCUGUACCACCAGCAUUCACAAUGUCUUCAGAUCCGAUAUUGUUAGCGAGGUUGGUGGCCUCGGCGCACUCUGUGGCUGAUAAGGCCGGAACAAUCGUCAGAGGCGUCAUGAGCGGAGGAAACCUGGGCAUCAUUGAAAAGACUGGUGCCAAUGACCUACAGACCGCAGCGGAUCGACUGGCGCAGCAAAGUAUUUGCACCUCUCUUGCGAAAAAGUUUCCGAAGUUAACCAUCAUCGGAGAAGAGGAUUUGCCCUCCGAAGAGAUAUCCGAGGAAUUGAUCGAGACGGGACAGUCAGAAGAUAUCCUGAAGGCUGCGUUCCCAUCACAGUACAACAACAUCAAGGAAGAAGAGUUGGUGGUUUGGGUGGACCCUCUCGAUGGCACUAAAGAAUAUACAGAAGGUCUCCUGGAUCAUGUAACUGUUCUUAUUGGAAUUGCCUAUGAAGGAAAAGCAAUUGCUGGAGUCAUAAACCAGCCCUACUAUAACUAUCAGGCUGGUGACAACGCUGUCCUGGGAAGGACCAUCUGGGGUGUCCUUGGUGUCGGAGCGUUCGGUUUCGAGCUGAAGGAAGUCCCUGAAGGACAGCAUAUAGUCACCACCACCAGGUCGCACAGCAGCAAACUGGUGAAUGACUGCAUUGCCGUCAUCAACCCUGAUAAAGUGGUGCGAGUGGGAGGUGCCGGAAAUAAGAUCAUUCAGCUGAUUGAAGGGCAGGCCUCCGCCUACGUGUUCGCCAGUCCAGGCUGCAAAAAGUGGGACACGUGCGCUCCGGAGGCGAUCCUGCAUGCAGUAGGAGGUAAAAUCACUGAUAUCCAUGGCAACGCAUUUCAAUACCACAAAGAUGUGAAACACAUGAACUCCGCUGGGGUUCUGGCAGCUCUGCGCAACUACGACUACUACGCCUCCCGGGUACCGGAAUCUGUCAAAGAAGCCUUGGUGCCCUAAGUAUGAAACGCGACGUGUCUUCUGUCAAUGUAGAGUCAUCGCUGCUGAUCAUCGCCUAGGAGCGAUACUGAUCAUCGCCUAGGAGCGAUACUAUACAUUAGGUCAGUGUUUUCCAAACGGUGUGUCUCCAGCAGUUGCAAAACUACAACUC